AUGUAUAUUGAUGACAGCAUGGCCUAUCGUAUUUACCUAGCAACUCUGGAUGGUGGUCAUGUCCACCCUCACGCUGCUGGACCAGCGCUAGACCUGGAGCUGUCCAUGCAUGCAUUUGAUGUGAAGCUCGAGUGUUAUGGGAGGCAUAUCACUUUGUGGCGCAACUCUUGCCAUGGGACAGACAGGUUUUUGAAGACGUGGCAUCUGCAAAUCUGGGACUGGCAGCACUCAACAACAUCCAGUCUGUAUUCGAUCGAGGAUAUGUCCGAGACACCGCAAUUGCUGGCAUGUUUCCUGUUGCCUUUCCCGUUGGUGAACUUGGAGAGUGAUUAUGGCUCACAGCCGAAGAUGCAGACGCAAGACCAGUCAGUGUACACCUCAGACCCUAAACACAGACUGUUAUGCGUUUACUCGUUGGCUGGUGUUCGAAAGAUCUUUUUCAUCUCGACGAAGAUUUUCUUCGACAUCGACCAAGCGGCAGCAACAACACCAAUACCAUGGAAGCAUUGGGGCCCUGGACAUGUUCACAUUUUGAAGGAUGAAGCAGGAGACCAAACCAAAAUUCACCUCUGUGGGAAUCGGGUUUUGCUGGUGGACAUGAUAACGUCAAAGACACAUGCGUACAAGUUGCGUAUGGUGGACUUCAGCCCACUGGCCGUGAUGAAUAGGCAGGGUCUAGGACGAGUGGUGAAAGUGCGAUCUACCACUACGAUAGUCCAUAGUAGCCCCAACUCCAAGUGGCACGAUAAAUCAGGGAGCAGUAUCUCCCAUUGA